CCGGUUGAUUUAAUACGUCAAAAACACGAAAAGACCUCCCCCAAAUAGCGAAUCUCCACUGUAUUCCAACAAGAAACAAUUUCGUCUUCCUCGCCGUUUUAGCUUCUCGCACAUGAAUGUAAUUUGUAUCUUUUAUCCUUUCAGUGACACCACGGCAGGAACAGCUCCAUCCGCAUUGCUGAGCAGCACUCGUGCAAUACGCUAAACGGACACCCAAUCACAGAUGCGUCGUGUAUGCCGUAAUAAUAUCCAUUGACCGACAAGAUCCUGCGAACACACAGUAUGAAUUCUUCAAUGUUUCGUCUUAUUCGCAUAUGCAAUGCGCACAGAAGAAAAUCAUAUGUUAAAUGUGUUCCUUCAAUCGUUAACUUACUAGCAAGAGGUCGAUCACAUUUUCAAAAAGAUUUUACCAAGGUCGUUUUGGAAGUAGACGGAUCCAUGAUCGUCGAGGACGAGGUUCUAGAUUUAUUAUCAUCAGAGGGAUUAAGCUUUAUGCUAUUAGAAAAUUCUGAAGAAUGGACGCUAGCCGAAAGCAACCUUACUUUCAGCAUUGGUAACAAUGACCAAUUUAACACGCAGCAAACACAGAUUUCUCAAGAGCUACUCAAUUGUCAACCACCAAGUGCCAUCAAUUCUGCACUAUUAUCUAUUGAAUAUGGCAAUUGUGAUAUUGUCAAUGCCAGUGUAUCAAAUCUUUCAACUAAAGAAGACCCUCUGGCAGUACCGAGCACAUCAAGGUUAGAGAAACGAAAACUAUCUUUGGACGAUAGUGCACAUCUGACUCACAAACGCAUUGCGAAUCUGUCUACAGAUCAAUACUCGAGUAUCCUGUCAAUCGCUUCAACUUGUACCACGCGCGAAGAAGCAUACUGUUCUAAUAUCUAUGUAAAUGAUUCGCAACUAUCCGUGCAAGACGACACGCUGUCUGUAUCCGUCACCUCAGGAGUGGAAGAAAAUUCAUCGUCACAAGGGGUUGACGACACUGCUGCUACACCUGAUCCUAACACCCUCAGCCAAAAGUGUACGGCACAAGUUCCAGUCGCUCCUAAAAAUAAUGACCUUCCUACGUCAGUUAAAUUGGCCAAAUUCGAAGUCGACUGGAAAAUAAUUCCAAACGACGUAAUGCAUCAGCUGCAAGGCCGUCAACCUAACGUUGGAUACAGGGGAAUAUCGGAAACAAACUAUAACCGAUUUGUUGACCACUUAACUGCUCAAAUAAGGACUACAAGUUCAAAGAUUCCGUUCUUUGUCUUUAGAAGAGUUGCUCUAAAGAUCAUCAACAAAUAUCCCACACUCCGAGAUUGCGAUGACGAAGGACAUACCAUAGGUGACGGGUCUAAUAGUUUAGCUGACAAACUACGCAAUCAUAAUGCUUAUUUAAACAGAGCCCAUCGAAGUGAAGUACAUACCACACGUCGCAAGGUUUGCUUCAAUCGUCGAUGUACAGUGGGUGUACGCCCAGAAUACUUCAAAUCCGGUAAAAAUCAUUGUAGUAAAGACCUUUUAAUUGUGCUUACAAGAAAACGAGUUGACAACUUGAACGAAGAUGCUUUGAUUGGCACAGAAGCAUUCAUUCGCCAUAAAAUUGACAGUUCUAUCAAUCUACACACGCUGCAUCAGGAAUUGCCAUCGAUUGGUAGGAACGAGGUUCUAAACUACCAUUUCUAUAGAGCCACUGGGUGUAGUGCUGAAGCAUUCAGUACUAAUUUCGCGAAAAAAAGAGCAAAAUUAAUCGAAGUGUCGAAGUCUUACAAGCGACCGCUGCAUAUUCCAUCUAAAGCAUCUGAUUUUGAAGUACUUGAAGGCGUUUCAAGAUUGCUUGGGGAAAAUGUUUCAUCGUUAAUUCACGAAAUUGAGGAUAUCCAUGAGAUGCAGUCAACUGAUAACUUCCCUUCAAUUGUGUUCCUUGAUCAGACCGACAAUGGGCAAAAGUUUUUUAUUCAGGCCGAAAACACACUAUUGACCUUAGGCGUCAAUAAUAUCAUUCAUGCGUUCCAGCAGCUUUUGGCUGUAUAUUUUGUGUAUUUCUACAAAUAUCCUAAAGAUGUAUCCAAAACACUAGAAUUUCUCCAAAUGUUCCUUUUGAAGCUGUAUCCAGAAAAUGGCACGCGCUCAACGGCCACUAUUGUUGGAAGACAUCAGCGUAUGGUGACUUCAUUAAUAUCAAAAAUAUCAAAAUUGGAUUGGAGAAAACAACAGACCGAAAAUAAGAACUAGUCCAGCCUACUCAAAUGCCAUUGCUUCCAAAAUUAAAAAGCAUUUUACCCACAUCCAAAAACCGAAAAGCAUUUUGCACACAUCAUGUUUUCGAUGAGAGAGAAAAGUCUUCAUUCACGUAAAACGUCAUUUAAUCGGAAUAUAUAUCUUG